UUUCUUCCUUAAAAUCUCUGCUGAAAAGAAUGAUAAAAUUUUAUUGAAAAUUUAAAUUUAAGUGAACGUUAACGUCUUUUUUACAACCAUAUACGUAACGUUUUGUUUAAAAACGGUUUAUGCUUUACAUCUGUAAUAAGCUGUAUAUUGUUCAAACGUUUACAAUUGUUUUAUUAUUCGCUCAAUACAAAACAGACGAACACAGAUUUCAAAUCAAAUUUUAAAUAAAAUACGUGGCUUGUCUGACGUGAACUAUCAUAAAAGUCGUCGACGCAACGAUCUUAAAUAUGCAAUGAACGUUGUUUGAUGAAAGAAAUAAUCAUUACAUUGAAGCAAGACAGUGAUAAGAAGAUCACACUCGAUCAUUUGUAGGCAGUUAUUAUUGACAACGUUAUUCUGUUUUCUUCAAAGAGGUGUUUACGUUUUUUUCGUUGCUAGACCUAUAUUGAAACGUUGACGUAAAGUUUUUUCACUCGUUUUACCGCUGUUGUUAGGCGAGGAAGAAGAAAACAUUCCGUCAUCUGGAAGGAAGCUUCGAUUUAAAAAGGAAAACGAUUCGCACUUUUUUUUGAAAGCAAUAACCUUUUUUUAAGUUAACUUGAUUUUAAAUAUUACCACUAAUGGAGCAGUUAAUACAGACAAUGCGACGCAUAAUCUGGAUAUAUUUAUUGAUUAGUGUUGUGCCGGACACUGUGAACGGACAGGGGCGACUUCUGUCACCCCCGGGCCGCAGCUCUCUGUGGAGAUUUGGAUAUGGAACACCUGUGAACUACAACGAUAACGCUUUAACAUGCGGAGGUGUCCAGCAUAAAUGGGAGGUUAACAAUGGUAAAUGUGGUGUUUGCGGUGACCCCUGGGAUAGCCAGCCACGGGACAAUGAGGCAGGGGGUCAGUACGCAAUGGACAUAAUCUCAGGUGUUUACAAAUCAGGAACAAUGAUUGAAGUUAUUGCUGAUGUGGCAAAUGCCAAUGGAGGAGGCUAUUUUGAAUUCCGACUUUGUGCCAAUAACAAUUUUACAUCACCCGUUAAGGAGGAGUGUCUAAACAAGGGACUUUUGACGUUGGAAGAUGGUGUAUCGACUCGAUUUGAAAACAUACACACAGGUCUGAAUAGGGUCAUACUAAAAUUACCGGAAGGCCUGACCUGUGAUCAAUGUGUACUUCAGUGGAAAUAUCGUGCAGCUGACCAGUACGGCUGCGAUUCAAGCACAGGAACUGAGAAAAAGUGUGGUUUUGGUAGAGGGGAAUUCCAGACCGAAUAUUUUGCUUGUGCGGAUAUUGCUAUAUAUAUUGAUGCAAGCGAACAGAUCGAUUUCCCAGUAUCUAAUCAAAGUCCUUAUGCAAUACUGGAUUCGACAGAGCAGACGCAAAAUGCUACGUCAAUAAACGGAAGGUCAAAACGUGCAGUGGUCAACAUACCCUAUGAACGAGCUGCUGGUAUCCGUUAUGUGCCCGCUUUUCCCAGUGGCAUGCAGCUCCAAAUCGAACCUAAUUCAUUGCGAGAGUUUCCUAAACAGUCCCAGAUUCAAUGGAGCUGGACAGCCAAAGGUGCAGGCAAUUCGCUGAGUCCUGGAGGUAGAUCUCGCCGACGGACACAUAAUUCACAAGUACCAAAUGGUAUAAGUAUUGCCAAUAGACAUUUGAAUGGAAUUAUUUCGUCACCGUUGAAUGGCGGUGGACGUGUAAGAUCAAGUUUCAAUCAACGGCAACAUAACCCUACCCAUAUUAAUGCAGCUCCGUUGAACAGUAUCGUUGUCCCAGAACCAGCAGCCAUGGAGACAAGCCAGGCACAAGUUCGAGCCAUUUUUAGAACACCCGUUCAACGUGUGCCAGCAGCAAAACCCUCUGUUUCGGUGAAAACAGUUUCCAAUAGACAACCAGUCUCUAGAGUUUUGUCGUUGCCAAAACCACAAUACAAUCGGAAGAACAAAUUUCCUGCUCAUAGAAACUUUUUAGACCCUUUUGUCAAAAAAGUUUCAACACAAACUCAAAUGGUCUUGUCAAGGUCAAACUACAAACCAACAAAAAGGUGUCAACAUUGCCCGUUUGAUCAGUGUUUGGACGGCAAGCUGAGGAUAGAUCAUUUAUUUCCUGGACUGUUUGACAGCCCUUCACAAUUCUUCGAGUGUAAGCGUUUUGAGCGUGUAUUCACCCUUGGUAACUAUGACGUCGUUCAGGAUGGACUUCCAAGCUGUCAACACCCAAGAUUUAAACGACAACUGAAGACGUUUGAAGACGACGAUAUUGGUUGCUGCGCAACCCGACCUCAAGUUAUAUUACCACUGACUGUUGAAGCUGAAAACGACACUUUUAGCGUUGUGCAGUUAGGUGAUGCCAAGAAACAAUUUAUUGUACAAGGAAUAUGUGGAAAUGCCAUGGCAAUAAGUAAAGGAAACACAAGGUCCUGCACGGUAUGUGCGGCGGAAAAUAAUUUCCAAUGGGUACUUGUGUACGAUCCUAGAGUCAAGACGAAUCCUCCAGUAUCGUUCGUGCCAGUGAAAUUCCCACACUACUGCCGCUGUUACAACUACAUGACGCUGAAAGGAUAGCACAGGUGGAACCAGAUGUACUAGUUAUAUACACUUCCAAAGCAUCUCUCUUAAUUGGAUGGCAUCCUAGUCACAUAAAAUUUAUAUCAUAAUUCGAAAUUGGUAAACUGUGUUACAUUUUGCAGUAUUAAUAUAACUUCUUUUAUCUUUUCUUUUCU